AUGCACUUCCAACCAUACCUUCCACGCUCUGAAGACAAACAACAUACCAUCAAUAAGCACAUGCAAUGCCCAAGAACAGACCAGUUACAGCACCUGGCGCAAAAUCAGGCGAAUGUUGACGAGAAGGCUGUGCCCCUUGACCUCCCCGUGGGAACUCUGCGGUGGCAGGGCAGGUUGUCACCAUCCUCCGACAUGCAGUCCCUGGUUCUGGUCCUAACGGCAGCAGUUGCUGUGUCCGCUGCCCCACAGGGGUACAGCCUGCCCACACCACCCGGGCCAGUCGUAAAUCUGGGGAGUUGCGGUAAGGGGCAGGUGCGACACGUGGAUGGCAGAUGCGUGACCCCCCGCGUCAACGAACGCGUUUUCCUGUACAAUGCCCCACCGAACCCAAGACCCAAUACCCCGCCCCCAUACAUCCCAGAACCUAAAGUAGACCGCAACGUGCUGUUCAUCAAACUUGCAGAGAAACAGGUUCAAGAUCCCAUUGUGGUGCCGCCUCCAAGGCAGGACCAGGUGGUGUAUGUCCUGAACAAGCAAUCCGACCAAGGACAGCGUGUAAUCGAAGUGCCCGCUCAUCCCCCCUCGGACCCAGAAGUUUACUUCGUCAACUACGGCGAGGGUGAGAACCCAACUCUUCCCGGAGGAACUAGUCUCCAGAGCGCCCUGACGACCGCCAUCAACGCCGAAGGCCAACGGGAGUGGCAGUUUGUUUCGGAGGCAGCGGAGGCAGCUUCGGAGGCAGCGGAAGUGGCAGCUUCGGAGGCAGCGGAAGUGGCAGCUUCGGAGGCAGAGGAAGUGGCAGCUUCGGUAGCAGCGGAAGUGGCAGCUUCGGAGGCAGCGGAAGUGGCAGCUUCGGAAGCAGCGGAAGUGGCAGCUUCGGAAGGCACGGAAGUGGCAGCUUGGAAGCAGCGGAAGUGGCAGCUUUGCAGCGGAAGUGGCAGCUUCGGUGGCAGCGGAAGUGGCAGCUUUGGAAGCAGCGGAAGUGGCAGCUUCGGUGGCAGCUUUGGAGGGAGCGGAAGUGGCAGUUUCGGAAGCAGUGGUAGUCUCGGAGGCAGCUUCGGAGUUAGCGGCAGUGGCAGCCUUGGAGGCAGUGGCAACUUCGGAGCUAGCGUCAGUGGUAGUCUUGGCAGCAGCGGCAGUGGCUUUGGAAGUGGAAGCGGAUUUGGAAGUGGAAGCAGCUCCCUCGGCAGUGGCAGCAGUUUUGGAAGUGGAAGCAGCUCUUUCGGAGGCGCAAGCGGUAGCAGCGUUGGAGGCAGCAGUGCCUUUGGCAGUGUCAGCAGCGUUGCAGGUGGCAGAAGUGCCCUCGGAAGCAGCAGCACGCUUGGAAGCGGAAGCAGUACCGGAAGUGGCGCCAGCGGUGCCGUUGGCAGCACUUUCGGAAGCAACAGUGACAGCAGCCUUGGAAGCUUCAGCAGCAACUUCGGAAGUGGCAGCAGCGGUUUCGAGACCAGCGGUAGAAGCAGCAGCCUUGGAAGCAGCAGUACCGGGGGCAGCUAA